AUGAAGCCCCCCUAUGAUCUCAAUGCCCGGGACACCAUGCAAGCUCUUCCCGAAACCCACGUGGAUGUGGAUUUCAUGAUUGUAGACUAUCUUGCCUGUCUCGCAAUUGAUAGCACCCUCGUGGCCAUCGGGAGACAAACACAAGACCUAGCUGUAGAGCACGAUGAACUGAACUGGCAAAUUGACUCACUCAAUGGUAAAUCGACAACAGAGAAUCCCGUGAGCAUGACUGACGGCGCCACAGGACUUCGGACAUGGCUGGCAUCAACCCACCUGGAAACCCCGUUGCCUCAAGAUCUGGCCAUCAAACUGCAACUAUUGACAGUGGCAGACCAGCUGCGGCGUUACAUGGCGCAGGGAUACCAGUUCCCCCGGGACCACUUGCGACUACCGACUAUAGGAAUGGCGUUCAUGGACCUCUGCUCCACAGCAUCUGCAAAGGUGUCAGAAACUCGAUGGUUUGACACCGGCGCCCGCUUCCUGGUCCAGGCAGUACUUGAAGAUCAGCGCGAAGGGAGUCCAUCAUCCGAAGAUCUGCCCAAGCUCUGCUCGUGGACCCCCAGCGAGCCUGCCCAGAUUUCGAUGUGGGUUAUCGCCCGACAGAGGUACGCAGGUGUAUUAUCGGAUGCAAGUGCAAGCAACAAAGCCCAAUCAAUAGCGCUCCAGUAUCCACUCCUGGAGUUCAAAGCCGUCGUCGGGACAUUUCUCCGCGAUCUAAUGACCACCUUGGAUGCCCCAAUUCUCAUUCAGGUAGAGCGAGGUCAGCUCGACGGCCUAAGCGCAGAAGAAACACAGCGUCUGAAGGCUCGAGUUGGGUUACGCUGA